CAGACGCCCCCGGCCCAGCGGGAGACAGCGACCUUGACUCCCCUCCCCAUCUUCAGGCUGCAGGCUCCUCCUCCACUGACAUCAGAGCCGCACUCGGGGCGGAGAGAGGCCCACAGCCCAGGGCCGGCAACCGAGCCAGCGGCGGGAGGACAGGCGCAGAGGGAGCGCAGCGCUAGCUACCUCCGCCUCGCAGCCAGCUCGGCGGGGCAGACGCAGACGGUGACCAGACGUUGUGUGUGCUGCUGUCUGGCCUGCAAGGUAGAGCCCUGGCUGUGGCCGGGGGCCAGUGGGCCAUGCCAGGGGCAGUGGAAGGCCCCAGGUGGAAACAAGCGGAGGACAUUAGGGACAUCUAUGACUUCCGAGAUGUUCUGGGCACAGGGGCCUUUUCUGAGGUAAUCCUGGCAGAGGACAAGAGGACCCAGAAGUUGGUGGCCAUCAAAUGCAUCGCCAAGAAGGCCCUGGAGGGCAAAGAGGGCAGCAUGGAGAACGAGAUCGCAGUCUUGCACAAGAUCAAGCACCCCAAUAUUGUAGCCCUGGAUGACAUCUACGAGAGUGGGGGCCACCUCUACCUCAUCAUGCAGCUGGUGUCGGGCGGGGAGCUGUUUGACCGCAUCGUAGAGAAAGGAUUCUACACGGAGCGGGACGCCAGCCGCCUUAUCUUCCAGGUGCUAGAUGCUGUCAAGUACCUGCAUGACCUGGGCAUUGUGCACCGGGACCUCAAGCCGGAGAACCUGCUGUAUUACAGCCUGGAUGAAGACUCCAAAAUCAUGAUUUCCGACUUUGGCCUCUCCAAGAUGGAGGACCCGGGCAGUGUCCUCUCCACAGCCUGUGGGACUCCAGGAUAUGUGGCCCCUGAGGUCCUGGCCCAGAAGCCCUACAGCAAAGCUGUGGACUGCUGGUCCAUUGGGGUCAUUGCCUACAUUCUGCUCUGCGGCUACCCCCCCUUCUAUGACGAGAAUGAUGCCAAACUCUUUGAACAGAUUUUGAAGGCUGAGUACGAGUUUGACUCUCCUUACUGGGACGACAUCUCUGACUCUGCCAAAGAUUUCAUUCGGCACUUAAUGGAGAAGGAUCCAGGGAAGAGGUUUACCUGUGAGCAGGCCUUGCAGCACCCAUGGAUAGCAGGCGAUACGGCUCUAGAUAAGAAUAUCCACCAGUCUGUGAGUGAACAGAUCAAGAAGAACUUUGCCAAGAGCAAGUGGAAGCAAGCCUUCAAUGCCACGGCAGUGGUGCGGCACAUGAGGAAGCUACAACUGGGCACCAGCCAAGAGGGCCAGGGACAGACGGCAAGUCAUGGGGAGCUGCUGACACCAACAGCUGGGGGGCCAGCAGCUGGCUGCUGUUGCUGCGAAUGCUGUGUGGAGCCAGGCCCAGAACUGCCCCCACAGCUCUAGGGUCCUGGAUUAGAUGUCAGGAUUUCUUCUGUGGGAAGGGCUGGGAGCAGCCUGCUCCCGGCCCCUCCCUAACUGGGGAGUUAUCCUGCCCCAUCCCCUCCUCAACCCUUUCCUUCUCAUUCCUCAUUGCAUUUUCCAUACAAAUGUUUCUAUUUUAUUGUUCCUUCUUGUAAUAAAGGGAAGAAGAUAAAACCAUA